CCAGCCCGAAAGAUUCUUUUUAUAGAGAGAGAGAGAGAGAAGAAGAAGGGAGUGGAGGUAUAUAGUUUGUGCGUGUUUUUGAGAGAGAAAGCACGACAGCGAGGAAAUGUCGCCAUAAAGAAUGCUCAAAACCCUAGCUUUUUUGUUUUGAUUUUGGUCUUGUUUUUGUUUUCUCUUUCCAAGUGGAGGCCAAGUCAUCGAUCCGUUCUCUUUUGCUUUCUCAGUAUCUUCCCUUUCAGCUUUCUGUUUGUAUUUAAAUUUAUUAUAAUUGGAGCUCAAUUUGCAAGAUUUCGGUGAAGAAAAGUGGAGAUCGGCACCGAAAAAUUCUCAAUUAUUGCCUUUUUUAUUUUAUUUUCGGAAAACGUUGAACGAUUGUUCGAAUUUACGAUACCUGGGUGGUGUUAUUGAUCCCUUCUGAUGUUUUAUUUCCAAUCAUUGCAUCAUUUACCUGUGAAUUUUCCAUCUAGAACCCCGUUUCUGUAUUCAAUUUCCCAUAUUUUUCUUCCCUCCGAUGUGUUCUUUAUAUGUUGCCUUAAUUGCUUGAGAUUUCGCCUAAAAAUUUGAUAAUCCCUCUUCUGAUCAGCCCACAUUGUUCGUCCUCUUUGGCUUCUACCAGUAUUGCUUAUUAACAUCAAACAAAUUAUUUGAGAUUGGAAAGAGUGACAUAACAUCUGAAAAAUGGCUGACCGGUAUCGAGCGGUUUCCUUUGAAGAUUUGCCUUCACACUUGAUUUUGGAGAUAUUGAUGGCCGGCCGGCUUAGUGCUGUCGAUCUUGUAUGUUUAGAGCUGACUUCCAGGACGUUCGGAGGUAGUCAUGGUCUGUAUUCUCAAAAAUUUAGGUCGUUGGUAGAUUUUGCCACCUUUCAGCUUUGUGCUUCGCAUCCUAUUUAUGUCGGGAUGUGUCGAAACACUCAGAGGGGGCUCUUUGAUCGGUGUAAUGCAAAUUGGAAGCGGGUCCUGAGGUUCUUGCAGUCUGUGGAACAGUCUUCAGAUAUAGUCGAGACUUCAGCAGGCAAUCAGAUGCAAAUCACAACUGGAAGGUAUCAUACAUUGCUGAUCAGCAACUCAACAGUGUACUCUUGUGGUUCCAGUUUAUGUGGGGUACUUGGUCAUGGCCCUGAGACAACACAAUGUGUGGCGUUUUCACGUAUUAAUUUUCCAAACUCUGUGCAAGUGGCUCAAGUGUCAGCCUCUCACAACCAUGCUGCAUUUAUUCUGCAGUCUGGAGAGGUUUUCACAUGCGGAGAUAAUUCGUCAUUUUGUUGUGGGCACAGAGAUACUGGCCGUCCCAUAUUUAGACCUAGGCUUGUUGAAGCUCUGAAGGGAGCUCCCUGCAAACAGGUAGCUGCUGGGCUUAACUUUACUGUGUUUCUUACGAGACAAGGCCAUGUAUAUACUUGUGGGACAAAUGCACAUGGCCAGCUUGGUCAUGGUGAUACUCUAGACAGACCAACACCUAAAAUGAUUGAACUUCUUGCGGAACUUGGCUCUGUAGUCCAGAUUGCUGCUGGUCCAAGCUAUGUCUUAGCUGUAACUAACAAUGGUGCAGUUUACUCCUUUGGCUCUGGUUCUAAUUUCUGUCUUGGGCAUGGGGAGCAACAUAAUGAAUUCCAACCCCGUGCAAUCCAGACAUUUAGGAGAAAGGGUAUCCAUGUUGUUCGAGUAUCUGCUGGUGAUGAGCAUGCAGUAGCACUUGAUUCAAAUGGAUUGGUAUACACAUGGGGUAAAGGUUACUGUGGAGCAUUAGGCCAUGGAGAUGAGAUUGACAAGACUCUUCCAGAACACUUGAAUAGUCUUAACAGCCGCCUUGCUGUGCAGGUCUGUGCAAGAAAGAGGAAAACGUUCGUUCUUGUUGACGGGGGCUUUGUUUAUGGUUUUGGGUGGAUGGGCUUUGGUAGUCUUGGGUUUCCAGACAGGGGAGUAUCUGACAAAGUCAUGAGGCCUCGGAUCCUUGAUAGCUUGAGAGCCCACCGCGUCUCACAGAUUAGCACAGGGCUUUACCAUACUAUUGUAGUCACUCAACGAGGACAAUUAUUUGGUUUUGGAGAUAAUGAACGAGCACAACUUGGACACGACACGCUGAGAGGAUGCCUUGAGCCAACUGAAAUUUUUCUUCCACAAGUAGAAGGUGACCCGGAUGUUGUUUCAGAAAGUGCUUGAACCAUUCACAUCCUGGUAAUGAAUUGAUUACUUAGUAGGUUUUAUUUUUUUUUCUUUACAUGUCUUGUAGAGUUGCAUAAGAGAUUUUUUAAAUCAUUAAUGCAUAAUAUAUCUCUGCUGUGUUAAUUGAAAUUGAGAAUUAGCAUCAUGAUUAUUUUUAUAAGCUUCUUGGAAGAUAAUGAAAAGUUAAACUCCUUAAAGAUGGGAAUGAAUAAGUGUCAUGGUUGGGUUUUUCCCUGGAAA